AUGAUUGCGGCAAAAGAGAAUCGCAUUGCUGAAAAUUAUAAUCAUGAUAAUAGCAAUGAAAUAUCGCAAGAUAAUGUGACCUUUCUCAAGAUAGCGAAAAGAUUACAUGGUGCUAAGACUUUCAGCAUUUCUACAUCAAAUGAAAAACGACAUUUUGAUCUCUUUAGAAGUAAAAGUGAAUCUCAGUUAUCUUUGCUGUCCCUUAAUUUAGAAAAAAGUAUUAAAAUGGGCCAAGAAAUCAGAAAAUCGAAGAGUUGUGAAGAAAUGAAUAAAGAUAGUCCUGUUUAUUGUUCAUUGGUAAAAAGAAUUGAUGAAAGAGUCGACGAAGAAAGUUUUAAUUAUUCCGAUGAAGAUUACAAAUUGUUGGAAAAUUCAGAAAAUUCUUCCGACUAUGGUGAUGAUCUCACAAUAAUAAAAGCAAAUAACAUUAACCAUUAUGAUCAAGAUAAUGAAGUUACUGAGUCAAGAAUUGAUGAAACCAACAUGCAAAGUGACGAGCAAAGUUCAAUUCGAAACACUUUUGAUGUUCAGUGCAAGCCUUUUGAAAGCUUCUUUAAAGAGAACAAUGUGGCAGCAGAUAGAACAUGUUCUACAUUUCCACGUAAAAGAUUUAGAAAUGAAUGUUUUGUUAAAAACGAAGCUAGAAGAUGUUCAUUGUCUUGUAAAGCAGUCGAAAAUCAAUCGCGAGCCCUAAAAUCGUAUAACAAAAGUGUUAAUAGUAGUGAGUUAAAUGCUCCAAAUACAAGUGAACAGAACCACAAAGAAAUCGUGGAAUCACCACUGAACCGUGAUGACUUUUCAUCUUUUAGACGAAGUACUUUACCAAAAACAAGGUCACGUUUUGACGAAAAAAAUUCUCAUUCUCGUCAUAGUUUGAGGCGAACAAUCAAUUUCACCAAUGUAACCAACCCGGGGGAGCAGCAUAGAAUUGUUAUGAAUUGUAAUGCCAUUUACAUGCCAGAUACUGAAUCGACAUCGGAAGUUGAUGUUUUAACUUCAAAAACUAAAAGACCAAGAAGUCAAUUUUCAUGGCUAAGAAAAUCAAUGAGGAAAUUAAAUCCAUUUCAAUUACAACCAUCAACAAAUAGUGAUUUAGAAGUCACUCCAGUUGCUUCGGGAAAUUCAAAUGAAUCGACAUCAUCUGGAAGAAACUUUCACGAUUUAAAUAAAAUUCCAUCAAAUGUUAUUGAUGAUGAUGAUGAUGCAUUGAACGAUCGAUUCAUCGCUCAUCAUCAUCAACAAGUUGAAAGACGAACAACAAGUGAACAACUUCAAAGGCCAAUGAAUCCUCAAAUCAAUGUUCAUAGAUCGCGACUUUUCUUACCAUCUGAGCCCAGUUCGAUAGCAACAUCUCGAAAUUCUAGUCCCGUUUCUGUAUCAUCAAGCACAGGUUCAAGUUCUGUAGCUGAUCCCAUAACAGAAGCUGAAGUUUGUUCUCGAUCUUUAACAUCACGUGAACAAGAGAAUGAAUCUGCCGACAAUUUAAAAGAAAUAUGGCCACAUUCACUAAGUCGACCAAUAUCUUGUACACUUUGUACACUUGGAUUGUUCAACAUGUCUCGAUUUGCAAUAUUUUCUGUUCAUUUUGGAGCAAAUUUUCUAGUCCAAUUUUUGAUAUUGUCCUUCAUCUUUGGCAUUCCUUUGUUGUGGCUUCAAAUGGUAUUGGGCUUAAAAAUCAAAGGCGGAAUCGUGACGAUGUAUCGAAUAACGCCCAUUUGUAAAGGCAUUGGUAUCGCUCUCAUGAUUUCUCAUUGGAUAAUGAGUCUUUAUUCAUCGGUUAGCAUAAGUUGGUUGAUGAUUUAUUUUAGAGACUCGUUCAUUUCAUCUGACUCACAAUAUUUGUGGCAAGAACGUUUCAAAAAUUAUCGUAGCUAUCAAAAUAAUUCAGCAUUAAAGUUAUCAGAAAACAUCGCCGAUUAUUUCAAUGGUGUCGUUCUUCAAAGACUUUCAGAUGCUUCAACAAAUCAAGAUGGGAAAAUGCGAUUUCAACUUGCUUUCAAUGUUUCCAUUGUUUGGUUUCUUGUUUUUAUUCUUCUUUGUCGUGGAAUUCGAUCUCUUGGUGUUCUCGUCAUUGGAAUAGCUACAUUAGGAUUUUUGGGAUUAUCCGCUGUUUGCAUAAAAUUUCUAACAUUAUUAAGUCUUGAAUCGAUUCAAGACAUUUUUCCCGAAACUGAUUGGCAAGAUUUCUUCGCAAAUUCAAACAGUUGGUCAGUCGCUGCACAAGAAGCUUUUUUAACGUGGGGAUUGCUAGGUGUCUCCGUUUACACAAUUUAUUGUAAGAGUAGUAAAAACCAACGACCGAAUCCCACUGUUCUCAGACGUGAAGCUGUUCUUAUUGUUUUCCUUACAUUUUUCGGAUUAUUUCUUGGAGCUGUUUUGGGAUCAACUUGCAUCAUUAUUCUUAAACUUAAUGGCUUUAAUUAUUUUCCUGCUUCAUUUGAAAAUCCAAAAAAUGACAUAUUUUUAUGGCCAACACAUCAAUCAGUAUCACCAAAUUUUCAUCAUUCAAUAGCAUCGAAGUGGGUCGUUCGAAGUUCAAACAUUGUUGGUGAGAGCUUUGAACGACCAGUUUUUGUCAAUCAACAUGGACUUCUAUUAUAUAAAGAAAGUGGAUACAAGACAAUUCGCCUUGUGACUGAAAUGCUUCCAGCAACUUUAGCAAUCAGCUCAAAGAUUGAACCAAUAUGGGGAGUGAUUGCAUUUGGGACGCUUAUUCUCUUUGGUGUAGCUCAGUUAGGCAUAAUGUGGAAGCCAAUUAGUGGAACUCUUGGCAAUUCACCGCCAGCUCUUCUUUUAAGUUGCAUAACUGGGUUAUUUCUAAGCUUUCCAUUGACCACCGAUAAAGGAAUUGUCAUCAUUCAUUUCCUUGACUUCAUUUUUGGUGGUGCAUGGUGGCUGUUAAUUCUUUGGGCGAGUUUCAUCAUUACAUUAUUUUUGGUUCGUGGACGACCAUUCACCAGUGAUGUUUUAGUCAAAGAACUUCAAUUGUCAGGAACAUUAUCAGCGUUCUUGGCCUUCUCUUGGAGUGUUCUUUUACCACUUGCUUUAAUUUUGCUUUCAAUCAUGGAAUUUAAGAAAAGUCAUUCAAAUGAACUUUUCCAUCAACGCAGUAAUUUGAGUAUAAAUUAUUUAAUGAAUUGGCCUUAUUGGGUGAAACAACUUGGUGGGUUUUUGCAAUUAUCGUUUUUGAUCCUCGUACCAUGUGUUGCAAUUGUUCAAAUCUACGUUUAUUUGACAAAAGGUCCACCGGAUAUACUUGAUCGCAUUGAACUUUUAUUUCGACCGCCAUUAAACUCUCCGGAAUCAUCUUCAUUACAUACCCCAGUUCGUCGUUUAGCUAACCAAGAUCUCAGUCAAUUUCAAAACACUGCCAUCGCUCUUUCAAAUACCAACACUCUUGAGCCAACACAAGAUCCUCCACCAAAGUAUUCACCGCCACCAUCGUACAGUAAAGUUGUAGGUUUAAGAGUUGCAAAAGCAUUAAGAAAUAGUAUAAGACGAAGUGUCAGAGUAUUUAGAAUAAGUGGAGAACCUAGAACAGACUCGAUUGAAUCGUGUCGUCAAAACAUUGCAUCAAUUUCAUCACAAGUUCCUGAAUCUCGCGACACGGUUCGUCAGAGUUUUAGAAACAGUUCUCAAAGUGUCACAAGAAAUUUAAGUAAACUUAUUGGAUGGACAUCAAAUUCAACAAAUAACGGAACACAAUCUGUAGAGAACUUGGUUUUAUCAGAUUUGUCUUUAAAUGUUGAAAAUAGCAAUGAAAAUAAUCCUAACAAUAGUUUAGGUAAUCUUAUUUAAGAUUAUUUAUGGAAGUUAGAAUUUCUACUUAAUAUAAUCACUUGUAAAUAUUAUUAAAAACUGUAUCACGAUACUAAGUGCAAGUACAAGAAAUAAAUAUAAGAUUCCCU